CUGGUCACUUUUGGUUCCAGCAGAUUAAAAGUUAUAAAUUAUAUUUACAGCUCGAUGUGAUGACUGUCACACUGAAUGUGUUGUAGAAUUCAGAAAAGAACCAGAUCCAGAAUUUUUUGAGAUGGUCUCUAAUCUCAUACAUGAAGGAAAAUGCCACUGUUCUCCUUAUGACUCUAAUGAUGACUCCUUAAAUAAAGGAUACAAAUUGGUUCAUUUUGCUUGCACAAGGGACGAGUAUCUUCCAAUAUUGAUUUAUUUAAAGAAUAAAAACUGUGAUUUCAACAGUAAAUGCUCGGGAAACAUUCCAACACCUCUACACCUGGCCAUAUUCCAUGGGCUUCCAAAAACUGUUGACUUUCUUAUUCACUGUGAUGUUGAUGUUAAUUUCACAUCAAAUUUUAUAGACAGUCCAUUGGCUGUUGCCAUGGCAACGGAAAAUGAUGAGAUAGUUAAAGCUCUUCUCAAAUGUGCCAAAGUUGACAAGAAUGUAACAAACAGAAGAAAUCAGACACUGCUUGCACACUGUAUCAGAGUAAAGUCAAAGUACUUGCAAAGUUUGCUGGAGGCGGGUGCCGAUCCUAACAAAACCGGUCUCCUGAGGACGAGCCCUCUGAUGUAUGCCGUACAAAUGAGGAAUGUAGACGUGAUUAAACUUUUGUUACGAUUUGGAGCAGAUGUGAAUAUGAAGAAUGGGAGGGAAGAUGUGCCACUUUUAAUUGCUUUGUAUACAGGUGAUGUAGAAAUAAUGAGGAUUCUACUAGAUGCGGGGGCCGAUCCAAACUACGCACACAGUGAUGGCAACACACCUCUGUUGAUAGCAUGCUAUGAUGACAAAUUGGAGAUUAUUGAGCUUUUACUGAAGUUCCAUGCCAGUGUUACUAAAGGCAAUAGUAAUGGCUAUACCCCAUUACAUAUUGCAGCUUGGAAUGGACAUUUAGACAGCGUGAAAAAACUUUUAUCAGCCGGUGCUCUCCAUGAUGUUCAAACAAACGAUAAAAAUACUCCAGUGGCACUGGCAGCUCAUGGUGGCCACUUGAAAGUCAUUGAAGAGUUACUUCCACUUGGUUGCCGCGUUAAUAAUUACGACAAAGACGAUGAUACACCUCUUCAUUAUGCUUCAUACAAUGGCAUGGUAAGGGGAGUGGAGCUAUUUAUAAAACAUGGGGCGGACCCGAACUGUAAAAGUACAUGCGAUGCCACACCCCUUUGGAAUGCUGUUUAUAAAGGCCACAAAGAAGUUGUUAAACUGUUGAUUAAGCUAAAUGUGAACCUUGAGGUGAAAUCUAGGGGAACUGAUCAACAUUCCCACUCGGAUACAGUAGUCCAUGUUUACCAUUCACCUAAAUCGCCAUUAUGGGUUGCUAUGGAAAGACAUUUUUCUGAUAUUGCAUUAUUGCUUGUGUCAGCUGGUUAUGAUAUUUACAAAGAGGAGUGGCUAGUUGAUGGGCAGUUCCCUUCAAAUUUUGAUGAACGUAUGUGCCGUCUUUUAUCCCAGUACGUGCACUCUCCACCUCAUUUGAUUGCUUUGUGUAGGAACUAUUUCCGCAGAUGUUACGGGCAUGACAUCGUAGCCAGGGUGGAACAGAUGGAAAUACCCGUAACUCUAAAGAAAUAUUUGACAUUUUCUGAAUUACAAUAUCAGGUGAAUGAAAAAGAUUCCAUAGUUCAUAGAUCAGGUGAUAGUAGUGAUGACGAUGACGAUGAUGAUGAGUAAAAGACAACACAACAUGAACAAAACAGUUUUAGUCUGACACAUGACUUCUGACUAGUCAGUUAUGAACAUGUUAAUCUUAUCUGCCCAAAAGCAUUUGAACAUCUUUAGCUUGUUGUAGUGCAAAAACUUUAAUGUAGCCAAUUAUUCAAACAUUUUAAAAGGUGUCUUAGCAUACUUGCUUAUCAUGCCAAGGUUGAGCAACAAGUGGCAUCAUUUUGAACGUUUUAUAAGAAAUGACUAAAACAAAAUUUUGAGAACUUGUGCAUAUGAACACAAUUAAGCUUUUGCAUCAAAACCAUUGACCUUUGAAAGGUUAUUGCUGAAAUGACAUAUUUGAAAUGUGCUUGCUACAUUUGAUCAUGUGUUUAUAGGUAAACAAAAUACUUUUUUUUACUAUAAUGUUAACAUUAUAAUAAAUAUGUUUUAAUGUGUGCAGCAAAAAUGACUUGCCAAUGGCAAUGCCAAUGCUGUUUGUUGCUUAAGUUCCUACAACACUUAUUAUCAUAAAUGGACUUGUCCUUUUUUCAUCCUGUUCAAAACUUUUCAUCAUUUUAUGGAAAAAUUCCACAAAAUAAGUACUGACUGAAUAAAGCUACCAGUGCAGACCAUGAUCAGACAUGCUGGCUGAUAUCUGGUAUCUGCACUGGUCUCAUUUUCAUGUAUGCAUUUUGAUAUUGAAUAACCUUAACAUUAACAAAAGAAAAUUCUUAAUUUAAAGUUGGGGUAGUCCAAUACAAUACAAAUUUAACUUCAUUCAGAGUUAAAAUAUUCUGUAUUUUGUAAGAAUUCUUGUCUCUGUUACACAUAGAAAUUAAACUUGUUCUUCAUAGAAAUUUAAGUUUAUACAUGUAUAAUUCUUUAAAUUAAUUUUCAGACUGUUUGAUUAUUGUUGCAUUUUGUCAUAAUUUGGACUUUUGAAUGCUAUGAGAUGUAGAUAGCAAUGUGUGAUAUAAUGUUGAUUUAUCAUAUUCACCAAACAGGAACCCAUGUGGUUAACUCUUUCUGUAACUGUUAGUUAUUUUAAUUUUUUGGAGAAUAGUGCAAUUUGUACAGAAAUUAGAAAAUUAGAAAAAGAAGCGUGCAAAGUUGAAAAGUACCAUUGCAGAGGACCUAAGUUUUGAGGUCUUAUCUGAAAGAUUGUUCCCAUUUUCAGUAUGAGUAAUGUGUGACAGUGUGAUAGCAUUUUACUUCAUAGUCAUCUGAACUUACGAGUUUCAUAUGAAAUUUAAAGAUUGUAACACGACUAUAAAUUUGCUUUUCAUGUGUGUUAGUCUUCGUGAUAAAUCAUGUGUAUUUUAUUUGAAUUAGUUUCUUUUUCUAUUUGGUUAAAAUCGUUUAUCCAUUGAAAUUGUAUUUAUUUUAUGUUUUUUAUUCAUUAAGUGCUAAAUAACAUAUACAUAUAUGUAUGAUUGUAUUAUGAUUAUAUGUGCAAUUAUCAUUGUUUUUAGCUUGUUUAUUCAAAGAAAAGGGAGAGCUAUUGUACUUAGAUAGGUGUCGGUCUCGACAGCUAUGGUUGAGUAUUUGUGUGCAAGUUGGUAUCUCCAAAACUACUAAAAGGAAUGGGUUGAAACAUCACAAUUUUAUUUGAGAGCACAAUAAGGUGUCGCUUUCAAAGGCCCAUAACUCUUUUACAUUUUUGACAGAAUUAUAGCCCAUGCUUAACUUAGAAAGUUCUACAUUAUCCAUGCUCUUGUUUUACUAUCAACCAUCAAGAAUAGUUGAGCAUGCUGUCCUACUGGCAGGUCUUGUUAUUUCAAUCCUUGAAUAACCAGGAGUGUUUUUUUUAAAAUCAAUUUAGUUAUGCAUUGAAAGUUAUAUAGAGGAUAUUUGUUUGUUUUGCAUGUAAGAUUGAAAUAUAAUUUCACUGAGUGAACACCAGAUGCAAUAUUUUCACGAGUGGCGUAGCCACGAGUGAAAAUAUAACAGCUGGUGUUCAUGAAUGAAAUAUAUUUCAAUCUUAUAUGUAAAACAAAUAAAUUUUCUUUUUAUUUCAUGCGUUUUAAGUAUUUUUAAUUAUUUUUUACUGAUUUUGCCGCGUAACGUCGCGCAUUCUCCUUCGUGACGUCAUCACAUCAUGACGUCACAUCAACAAAUUUGAAAUAAAGUUCUGUUAAAUUUCUCUAAUUUUGUUACAUUUUUAGCAUAAUGUAUGGUGACAUCGACUUUCUUUUCCGAAAGAAGCAAAAUUUACGCAUGACGGCAUUUAUUUUUGCCUGUUAUUCCAUUCAGUUUUGAUUUUCUUUUCAUCCGCAUUCAGAUAUAGUCCGGCUACAGUGAAAAUUAUAUUUUAUAAAUUUCACUAGUGGUUUAUCAGAAUAUAAUCAUCUGAUAUAUUACAAUAAAACACUGGAAAGCAUGAAAUAAUUUACUUUAUUCUUUAUGCCUAUUGGUCAGUAUAUUAGAAGUCAUACUGUUUUGGGGCAGUCUGUCUGGUGAUAAAACUUUAAGCAUGGUUAUAACACAGAAAUCAUUCCUCCUACAGUCUACAAACCUCAUAGGUUCAUGCACUUUAAUGAGCUCUACCUCCAAGACCCACAUAGAGGUCAAGUGUUCAUGGCCUUCUUUCAAACCUUGUGCUUGUUUUGACAUGCUUUCAAAAACAUUAUUGUGUUGCAAAGUUACUACACGUUAUUUUUUUUUAUUUUUUUUUGUUUUUAUAAAUAUUAAAUGCAAUAGUUUCAAACUAAGCCUUUGGUGUUUAUUCCAAUAAACAGUUUUAAGUGGCAUUAUGCCAAUCCAAAUAUAAAUGGCAAAUCUUAAUGGCAGGUAAAAGUCAAAAUAACAUCACAUUUUGCAAUAAUUGUUUUCAAUUUUCAAUUUCAAAUGAAUAAUAAAUAAACCAUGUGAUUCAAGGAAAUAUCUGCAUAUAUAUUCUUCAGAAUAAAUUGGUAACAUUCUAGUGAAAAAAGGAAGGAUUCUUCAUAUGCCCCCACUUAAAAUGUUCGUCUGUAUGUAUGUACAUCCUGUAAUCCUUGUCUGUUCAAUAUCUAUUUUUAGUAAGCCAUGCUUUAUGUAACUAACUUGGUAGGAACAUUGCCCAAGGUCAUCAGAUGACCCAAAUCAAUUUUGAGGGCAUUAGGUCAAGGUCACAGUGACAUUUUGUCUGAUCAGUAUCUUGAGAAGUUAUCAGCCCAAGUUUGAGAAACUUGGUAGGGAUAAUGGCCAAUGAUCAGUAGAUAAACUAUAGACACAUUUCUAGUUUUAUUUCACUCUAAAUAUUUUGUCAAUAUAAAUUACUGAUUGAUCACAAUUAUAAUAGGCAAUAAAUGUAGUAAAUUUAGAAAAUAAGCAUUAUGUCACUAUGAUAGUGUCAUGCAAAACUACUGAAAUAUGAACAAUUGAAAUGUUCUUAAUUGGCAGUGACAUCUACUUGUUUUGUGUGUGUGUGUUUACCAGUCCUUUGCGAAUAGGUCCAGGGCCCUUUAACUCUUAAAAUAGUAAAAAUUAGCACCAUUAAUAUGCCAUAAUUUGUGAAUGUAGUCUUAUUUUACACUUAAUAUAAAAUUUAGCAAUUAAAUGUGUGUGUGUGUGUGUGUGGGGGGGGGGGUUGUUCCUCAUGUUCUUAAUUGAAAAAAUUGUUGCCAAUGACUACAAUUUGACUGUGAAUUUUCUUGAAAAGUAUUGUGAUAAAAUGAUACUUUUUCGCCCUAUUUCGGUCACAAAACUGCUUAAAAACAAUGUCAUCAAUUGAAAACAUGUAUGUACAGUCCUUAAUUGAAAUACUAAUUUUGUUAUAAGACAGAAAAUAAGGUACAUGUAUUUUCCCUUUCAUUUUGUACUGUGAUAUUUAUAAUAUUUAUGUCAUGCAUUAUGUUUAUUAAAUUUUUAGCCACUCUU